AUGUCUUCAAAACGCAAGAAAAACGAGUGCGGUUUUAAGUUGGCUAGGACUAAAGUGAACCCGUCUGACUUAGCAUCAGUUUCACCUUUAGUUUUAGGCGGUGCGGUGCUGAACCAUCAGUACACCGCUGAGCCAGAAUCCAUUCCAUUGGAAGAUAUAAUCAAAUACGCCUUCUGGCAUGGCAUAAAUGCAAUCGACACCUCCCCUUAUUAUGGUCCUAGUGAGAUCCUUUAUGGUAAAGCAUUACGCAACUUGAAAAAUGAGUUCCCUAGGAACACUUAUUUCAUAUGCACAAAGGUGGGACGCAUCGGCGCAGAUGAAUUCAAUUACUCCAAAGAAUUCGUGAGAUUCAGCGUCCACAGAUCGUGCGAAAGAUUAAACACUACAUACCUAGAUUUGGUUUACUUGCACGACGUGGAGUUCGUCCCACUCCCACAAAUUUUAGAAGCACUAAAGGAAUUGAGAAUCUUAAAGGAUGAGGGUGUCAUCAAAAACCUCGGCAUAUCAGGUUACCCAAUCGAGUUCAUCACUUGGCUCACUGAACGUUGUUCUACUAAGGAGAACGAUAUCGGUUCACUGGACGCGGCACUAUCGUAUUGUAACUUAAAUUUACAGAACAAUAAACUACUCGAUUUUCGCGAAAGAUUACUGCACAAUGCCAACCUGAAGAUGGUGUGCAAUGCAUCAAUCUUGAGCAUGUCGUUACUGAGAUGGCAGGAGACAAGGCAGUUUCACCCAUGUACCCGGGAAUUGAAGGAAUGUGCCUCCAAGGCGGCUAAGUAUUGUCAAGAACAAAAUAUUGAUCUGGCUGACUUAGCUACAAGAUACGCUAUUGCGGAAUGGAUAGGCAAGGGGCCUGUGGUUCUUGGGGUGAGCAGCAUGGAAGAAUUGAAAUCAGCUUUGGAUAAUUAUGAAAAUGUGAAGUACAACGGCAACAAAUUGUCUUCCAAAGACGAAAAACUGGUAAAUUUCAUCCAGAAGAAUUUUUUCAGAGAGCAUUUUAAUGAAGUCUGGCCGUCGGGCAUUCCUCACCCAGAAAUGAUGGAAUCAUCCUAA